AUGGGAAGUGAGAGGGGCGUGAUGCGGAUGCUGUUGGAAUGCAGUCUCAGUGACAAGUUGUGUAUUAUCCAGGAACAACAGUAUGAAAUCAUCAUCAUCCCUGCCUUCCUGGUUGGUACCUUCCUCAUCCUCCUUGGCGUCAUCCUGUGGCUUUUUAUCAGAGAACAGAGAGCCCAACAGCAGUCUCCAGGACCUCGAGGUGUUGCCCAUGUACCUCUAUCUGGGAACCUAAGCCAGGAAGCAGCAGGACCUGGAAAAACUGUGUUUGUACCACUUGAGGAGACCUCGGUGGAAAGCCUUCUGCGAACUUCUGCACACGCCCUGGCUAAGCUGCAGGUGCCCCGGGAGCAACUCUCUGAAGCUCUGGAGCAAAUCCACAGUGGUAGCUAUGGGGCCAUCUAUCGCACCACGAUGCACACUGGGAACCCUGCAAAGCCCAAGAGUGUGGUCCUCAAGGCUUUAAAAGAACCAACUGGGCUCCAAGAGGUGCAGGAUUUCUUAGGGCGAAUCCAAUUCUAUCAGUACUUGGGGAAGCACAAGAACCUGGUACAGCUGGAAGGCUGCUGCACAGACAGGCUGCCGCUCUACAUGGUAUUGGAGGAUGUGGCCCAGGGAGACCUGCUCAGCUUUCUCUGGACCUGUCGCAGGGAUGUGAUGACCAUGGAUGGUCUUCCCUAUGACCUCACAGAGAAACAAAUAUAUCACAUUGGGAAGCAGGUCCUUUUGGCUUUGGAAUUUCUCCAGGAGAAGCAUCUGUUCCAUGGCGAUGUGGCAGCCAGGAAUAUUCUAAUCCAGUGUGACCUCACUGCUAAGCUCUGCGGGCUGGGCCUGGCUUAUGAAGUUCUCUCCCGAGGGGCCAUCUCCUCCACUCAUGUCGUACCUCUCAAGUGGCUUGCCCCGGAACGGCUUCUGCUGAAACCAGCUGGCAUCAAAGGAGACAUCUGGUCUUUUGGGAUCCUGCUAUACGAGAUGGUGACUCUAGGGGCACCUCCAUAUCCUGAGGUCCCUCCUACCAAUAUCCUACAGCAUCUCCAAAGAGGGCAAAUCAUGGAGAGACCCAGUAGUUGCACACAUACCAUGUAUGGUCUCAUGAAGUCCUGCUGGCGUUGGAGUGAGGACAGCCGCCCCUCACUUCGAAAGCUACACUCAUGUCUUGAAACUGCUGCUCAAAGUGCAAAUGACAAGGCUGUGUUGCAAGUACCGGAGUUGGUGGUACCUGAACUGUACGCAGCUGUGGCGGGUAUCAGUGUGGAGAGUGUCUCCUACUGCACCAGCAUCUUAUGA